AGUUCCGUCUUCGUCUCCCAUUCCGAUACUCAACAUCCAUCCCGUCCACAACCCACCCUCGCGUGCGAGAGACCUCAUCGUGCAGACCGAACGGCGCACGGAUGCAUAUACCUACAUCUUCGUGCUCGUUUCCUCAAUUGCACGCCGAUCGGCCGGCUAGCCACCACGGACAAACGAGCCUGUCGUCUCCCCCAGCUAUAACACACCAACUGUGGCCUCUAUGCACCGAACGUUGUCGUAUUAGCGCGUGUCUAUAGUUUCCUGCCUCGCCAGAGGACGCCAUCGCCAAGGCGUUUUCCCGGUCAAAUCCCGGCCCCAGAUCGUCGCGCAUUACAAGUCAUCCAUCCUGUGAUCUGGCUUCGUAGUGCUCCGGCUGGGCGCGGCGCAAGCAGCGCGACGCGCGCAGCACGUCUAGACAGACAAGAUGCCAGCCUUUUCCGCCAUCAAUGUCGAGCCUGAAGAGAGUAUUGACGAGGAGAUCGACAAUACUCGCGAGAUCCAGAUCGACGAGGCCUUGAAACGCUUCCAGGCCGCCCUCAAGCUCCAUGCCCAAGGCCCCAAGCAUUACCCCGAUGCCUCUCUGGCAUACGAAUCGUUAUUCCAGUCCGAUAUCUUUCGAUAUCCCGAGAGUGCGACAGAUUUCGAUCGUGCCGAACGGCAAUCCGAUCCUCGUAACCUCGGCCUUGACGUGCCUUUCCCGCAGCCGCUCGACGUAGCCCAAGCUGAUAUCGACGGUAGUGGGAGCAGCCUACCACAGACCCUCUACCUUGCCUUCAAAAACCAUGGCCAGUUCAUCCUAGACAACAUCAGACAUGAAUUCAAGACUGAAGCGGACCGGGCAUCUAUCCUGAAGGAUGAGAAGGUGCUUGCGGAAGCCCGGAAGGCGUUACAUGAGUUCAGCGUUGCUUUGGACUUUGAUCCGUCCGAUGCCGAACUGUGGAGGAGAGCGGCCCGUGUGGCCGCGUUUCUAAACAGUUCCAGGAUUAGUCGAUAUUGCCUCGAGGCUGCCAUCGAACUUGACGAUGAUCCGGCCGUCGAAGAAGUCGAUCCCCCCUCUCUAGCCGAGGCACUUGCUGGUGAACAGUUGAAGGAACAAUUGAGCAUCUUAUCCGACCAUCUUUCGCAAUCUCACCCCAUCAUGACACCAUUCCUCAAAAAAUCGUUGCCGGAAUCACUUAGGAAGUACCUUGAUCCCUUGCCAUUCCUCCCGGACCCUACGAAAUCUCUCGCCCUGGCGGCACUGCCGACGAUAGAAGGUGAGCAAGAGCUCCCACGCCUCAUUAUCAAGGUCCCCGUGGCUUCGUGGACCGAAUUGGGGAUGGCACUUGUGCGUUCGGUCGCGAGCAUGGGCGUGUCCGGCCAAGCUGUCACUUUGGAUUUCCCCGAGAUUCCAGACCCUCAAGACGAGGUUCAGUUGUUGGUGGACAGACCGAAACCCGGGAAACCCGAAGGCGGCGGGACGACCCGGCUCGCUCUGGGAGCAAAGGUAGCGGCACAAUCCAAAGAUGACCAGAGCGACUCCCCGAAAGAGAGCAGCGCCGAUAACGGCAACGCCGCAGAGGACACGCGUGCUGAGCGUAGCGUCUCGGUUCUUUCCCGGAAGCGAUCCCAAUCCACUGCAGGGCUUCCUGAUGCGGUAGAGGAAGAGGUUACCGACCAGAAGAGGAGUAAGAGAAUCCGACGGCGAGAAACUGCUGGCGAAGCUAUGGACGCGAAUACCCAAUACGCCACCCAGCUGCAACCAUUCCAAGCCGCCGAUCAAAAUCUCUUUCAAAUGACUCGGAACUUGAUAGAGAACUUGGGUGUCACCGAUCGCGACACUCUCAAUCGACUUGGCGAAGUGCUCGACUCUUGCGCCACGGAAACCCGCACUGCUAAACUUGAGCGGCCAGCCCUAGUUGACCUGCGCGAUUCGCUCGUGAGAUUCGACGAGGAGAGCACGAGGGUGGUCCUCAACAAGAAGGAGGCCACGCCUGUCGGUUUCUCUUCAUUUCUCGAACACUCGAAGCCGUCGUCUCAAAAUAAACCAGAGAUGCCCGUGUUCCACGAGACGAGAAGCCUGAAAGCUUUCGUCGAGAAAGUGAAUGGCGGCUGGAUGGCGAUUCAAGAUGUCGCUUUCGAGUGGGUUAAGCACAUGUGUGGUACUUACCUGACGAGCAAGUGGUCAGAUGGUAUGAAGAGGGCCGUGGUUCAAGUUAUCAGCCAUCUUGACGAGGACAUUUGGAAUCGCGUACACUACGAACUCGAGUGCCUCACUUCGUCCGAGAAUCCGAUGCAGGCGUGGGUAGCGGUCGACGAAAUCGUCCAGAUGCUGUUUGAACUUCACUUGGAUGUCUACGAGCGGAUAACAAAUCCUAGCAGCGCUGUCGACUUCGCUAUUCGUGCAGAAACUAAAGGAAGAUUGGGACGAUGGUUCGCCCUCGCUUCGAAGAUGUCCCGCGAUCGCUCUGACACCGUAAACCAUUCCCUGUCGGUUCGUUUUUUGUGGUCUGCUGUCUUUGCCGUCACUCUGACGGAUGGCGUGUCAGGAGAUCACGUCCUCCAGUGUUGGAAAAGCCUCCGCGACAGCCUCGGCGAGGAGCACGAAACUGUCGACAUUCGACUUCCGAACAACGUCAUUAUGCCAGAAGUCUCAGCGCUCGCAGCGGACAGGGAGAUAUCUAAACUUACCACCAUGGACUUCUUCCUCGGGCUGUUCCAGAACGACCUCAGCCAUCCUGUCUCUGUCAUAGAGAGCCUCGAGCCUGUCCUCAAUCCCUCAUCCGUCUAUACGUCAACGAGUAACGUACGAGCAUCCUCUGCUCCGGCCGGCGAUGAUGAAUCGGAAGACCUAACCCUCAGGCAUAAUAAGCUGCCAAUCUCCGAGACGACGGACCAAGGACUUCUAGAUCUUUGGAAAUUCUUGCUUGGCACGAGCACUGAAUUAAGAUUGUUCCUGUGGAAUCGUCUGGGGGAGGCGUAUGAGGCCAUAGACUAUAGAACGAAACAGUUCUCCUGUCUUCUCAAGAGUAUCGAGAUGGUGGUUAGCGACUUCGAGCACAUCUCCUAUCAAGCUAUGCCUGUCGAGGCGCGUCGGCCCUUGUUCCUGAAAAUGCUCAAGUCUCUAGACGAUCUACUGAUCCGGGCGCUCUCGAUGGCCCUCAAUGACGCGAAAUCUUUCGAUAUUAUAGACGACGAUCACCUGAAGUCGAGCAUGUCAGCUUUGGCGAAGCUUUGCUGUAUCCUCCACGUGUCUUGCAUGUAUGAAGACGAAGUCCGUGUCGGCAUGAAGCAGCAUGCCUCGAAUGGCGCAACAUUCCAAUCGUUCUUGACCAAACUUCGCGAGAUGCAGGUCAGGAACUGGUCCCUGUUAUAUACAGUUCUCAAAGCCGGAAUUUCUCAGAAUAGGGAGGGAUUUACCUCGCCAGAAAACGAUCUUGCUGACUACUUGGCGGCAAUCCAUCAGGUCCUAGGUCUCAGGAAGUUUUGCAAGACAUCCAACAAGAUAUUCCUGAAGAUGAUGCGAGUCGAGCUGUUGAAGCAGCACCUCAUCGACAAUUGGGAAGACUACCUUGGCCAAGUCCUUUAUGACCUGUACGGCCUGAAGCUCGGAGUCGGCCUAGGCGAGGUGCAGGAUCAUGGGUGUCCUCCGGAAAAGUUAGAGCGACGGAAUACGACGGCUCUCGUGGAGAGGAUAUCAGUUCUCGCCAACCGCAUGCCCAUGAAGGAUUUGCUCAAGUCUGACCUCAAAAACACGAUCGAGCACAUGCAGCAAGCCAUCGGGCAGACCAAAUCCAACCAGCAAUUCAUUCAAAAUCUCAGGAUAUUCAACCAAACCCUCCAGAGGCCUAUAUCGGAACUUCGCUUGUAUCAAGCUCUGAAAGGCAACGUUUCCAUGGAUGCGGUUACCGUAAAUACGCCAGAUAGCGCCCUGGCUAGGCACAGAUGGUUCUUUCUCUUAGGCAUGAUCGCGUUCACCAAGUUUAAGGGCGUGGAUCUCAAUAGGAGACAGACCCCAGGCGCCACUGAUGACCUUCGGCUUGGCGCCACGUUCCUCCGCCAGCAGCUGCAGUUCACCCCUGAUCAAUGGGAUGCCUGGUUCAGGCUCGCCGAAUGUUUCGACUACGAACUUGACGAGUCUGUGCUCUGGACUGCGGAUAAGAUGAACAAGGAGAGGGCGGAGCUGGUGAAGUUCCAACGAAGUGCGAUACACUGUUACACGCUCGCUUUGUCGCACUCUAGGGGCGUGCUGUCCAGCAUGCAGAACGAUGAUAUCCACGACCUAUAUUACAAAUUCGGCAUGCGCAUGUACGCGUCUAGCCGGGAGCCGUUCGCUAUGGAACCGUUCCAUCACCCGGAACAUAGGCGAUUUGUCAUUCUCGAAUCCGGUGUAGAGUCUAAGGAACUUCAUUCCCAGAUGCAAGAUUACAAAAUUUGGAGAUACGCCCUGCGGCUGUUCGUGAAGGCAAUGGAAGUCAAGCCGAAACAAUGGCAGAACCCAUACAUGGCUGCCAAAUGUAUCUGGAAGAUGUACCAGAAACAGCCCCUAACGUCUCUCGACUUUAAAGACCGCCGAGAUCGACCUACAGUGCAGAAUGUUAUCGAUUCCCUCGAGAAAGCAGUUAAAGUCGUUUCCGCACUGCCCAAGCCGCGCCACGGUCAGGACCCGAUCUUGGAGCCUCAUUAUAAAAUUGUCUCGAUCUUGUACAAGCUCGUCGUGCGAGGAGAUAUACCGGCGCAAGAGGCAGCCGUCGUGCUGCAGCGUCAACCGUACGCAUACCAGAACGGGGAACAUGUCGAGAUUAACGAACCCGAAGACUGGGAGUCGCUCGUCAUCAAAACGCUGACCCUCCUUCGCGAAAAGGACAGGUCGAAUUGGCAGCAUCGUAUUAUCAUGCGUCACGCCAGGAUCCUGUUCGACGAGAACGCGGAAGAGCAAAGUGUCGCCCAGGCAUUGGCCGCAUUUAGCGUCCUGAGGGAAUCGAUGCUGACCAAGACUAUGGUGAUGAAUGUGUGGAAAUGCGACGCGGAGCGGCCGGGUCGGCACCACGUCUACACCGAACAGUAUGUCCGAUUCGUCGUCAAGCUCUUGGUCGUUCUGAAAGACAGAGUCAACUUUGAGGCCAUGCUUCGCCGCCUACGCAAAAAGGGCGCAGAUUUCUACCACUUCAACGAUCUGUGGCAGACAUGCUGCCUCGCGUACUUGCGGCUUAUCCGCCAAACAUACCAGAUCUCUCCCGUUAUCGAGGACGAGUUCAAGAUGACCGCCCCUGAGGAGUUUGACAUCAUCACCGCCAGAAUCGGCGACUGGUCCUCGGAUUCAUCUUCGUCUCACCCCGCACUCAGCGCCAUGCAGGAAACCAUAGAGUUGAAGAAGCUCAAUGCCGGAUUAAUGAAGGCCGGUGCUAUCGACGACCUGAUCUGCGACUGCUACACAGCCUUGUACUUUGAGGUUGGGAAGUCUCUUCCCGGCCCCUCUGUUUCUACUCUGAUUGCAGAGAGAGAGCAAGCUCGGCAAUCUGAGAAGGCAUCAGAGCCUAAGCCUGCCAACCUGUUGACCAGUCUGUUCAAUCCUCAAUCCCACGAAAAUUCAGGCGCGGAGGGCGCCGCCCCUGACUCAACCACUACGAACGCAGAAGGGGUACAACGACCACGCAAGCCCGGUAUUCGGAGGGCUGAUGUCCUUCGCAGAGCAGAGCAGGCGGUUUUGCGUGCUCAAGAAGGCCCGAAGGCCGCCGGUGCCAAGUCCCGCGGUUCUGUUUCUGGUAGCAAGACGCCUGUCGUGGAAGAGGGCAAGGAGGGCGAAGGGAACGACGACGCCGCACCGGAGGACGACGUAGAGAUGAAGGACGAGGAAGCCGAGGGCGACUUGAGCUCAGCCCCUGGAAGUGUCCACGAUUCGGCAGACGACGAGAGUGAUCUUAGUGAUGUCCCCCCGGACGAUGUGUUGGAUGAGGAUGAAGCUCAGCAGCUGAUGUUCCCCAAUUUGGUCCGCAGAAGCACGGGCGCUGUGGAGAGCGACAAUAGUGACACGGAGGACGCAAGCUCUUCCACUGAGGAUGUUGAGGAAGCUGAGGAAGUUGAGGAGGCAGAAGAGGAAGAAGUAGAUGAAAUGAAGGAAACCGGAGAAGGCGGAGAGGAAGAGGAAGAGGAGGAGGAUUAGGAGAUGAGGGUAAUCCUUAGUUACAUGAGAGGGCACGUUUUGUAUGAUACUCUGGAGCUGAUUGAUACCAAGAUUCUAGACCACACUACGGGAUAACAAGAAGAAUCCAGAAUUCAUGUUUGUCAUAAGAAAA